GGGGAGCAGCUUAGUCAGAGACACUAGUGACCGCUAGCUUCAUGUCAACUGUGCAGACAUCACUGAAGUAGCAGCGAAAAAAUCUUGCCGAGGGAAGGAGGAGAGGGAGAGGCAGAGGGAGAGUGAGGGGGCAGUCGGAAGGGAUACGGGCCGUCAGUCCCUCGCGAUUGAACCGCUUCGUUAUUCGUAACGAUUUCGAUUGAAGCCGUUUUAAGGACUUUCGCAAAAAAAAAAAAACAUCAGCUGGAAGGUUAGCUAGCCGCCGCCAUCUCCUCUCAGUCGGAGCGUCCGCCGUGUCUUCCACACCAUGGGGAAUGCUGCCACCGCCAAGAAGGGCAACGAGCUGGAAAGCGUAAAAGAGUUUCUAGCCAAAGCCAAAGAAGAUUUCUUACGGAAAUGGGAAUGCCCACCACAGAGCACGACGAGCCUAGAUGACUUUGACAGAUUAAAGACUCUGGGUACCGGCUCAUUUGGGAGAGUCAUGCUGGUGAAACACAAAGGGUCAGAGCAAUAUUUUGCUAUGAAGAUCCUGGACAAGCAGAAGGUGGUGAAACUCAAGCAAAUAGAACACACGCUAAAUGAAAAGAGGAUAUUACAAGCAGUGAGCUUCCCCUUUCUUGUCAAGCUUGAGUACGCAUUUAAGGAUAACUCCAAUUUGUACAUGGUAAUGGAGUACGUCCCAGGAGGAGAGAUGUUCUCACACUUGAGACGAAUCGGAAGGUUCAGUGAACCACACGCACGAUUUUAUGCGGCCCAGAUAGUGCUGACAUUUGAAUACCUACAUUCGCUAGAUCUCAUUUAUAGAGAUCUGAAACCCGAGAACCUUCUCAUUGACCACCACGGCUACAUUCAGGUGACAGACUUUGGAUUUGCCAAACGCGUAAAAGGCAGAACCUGGACAUUGUGUGGGACACCGGAGUAUCUGGCACCCGAAAUCAUUCUCAGCAAAGGCUAUAACAAAGCUGUGGACUGGUGGGCCCUCGGAGUCCUCAUCUACGAAAUGGCAGCUGGCUAUCCUCCUUUUUUUGCAGAUCAACCGAUUCAGAUCUAUGAAAAGAUUGUGUCUGGAAAGGUACGAUUCCCAUCCCACUUCAGCUCUGACCUGAAGGACUUGUUGAGAAACCUGCUGCAGGUGGAUCUGACUAAACGUUUUGGCAACCUGAAGAAUGGCGUUGAAGCUCCGUUCAUACCAAAGUGCAGAGGCCCCGGGGACACCAGCAACUUUGACGACUACGAGGAGGAGGAAAUCCGCGUCUCUUUAACGGAAAAAUGUGCGAAGGAGUUUGCUGAGUUCUAGGACGCAAGAACAUGGAUCUAUCAGGGAGAAUAAGGGGUUCUUUGCACUCUUUUAAAAGACUUGGGAUGGAGCAGAGACCAUCUUUUUCAGAUCCACUACAUAGUCCCUUCAUUCCACAAGGCUGAAGGAGGUCGCCGUGGUCCUUGGGUGCCGAUAACCUCUCACACUGUUGCAUACACCUGCGUAUUAAAGCAGACACAUCACUUUUUCUUCUUUUUUCAACAUUUUUCCUUUCUUUCUCUCUUUUUUUUUUUCAUUUUCACUGGAGACAGUUUUUAGUCUUGGGUGUUUUUGUCCCAAAUUAAAAUGUGAUCUUUUUUUGAUUUGUGAGCAGAAACUGAGAGUGGCCAAUAACAAUCCACGCACAAUGACGGACUUGUCUGUGGCUAACGCAUUUGAGUCGGUUGUACGUUUUCCCUCUCGUCAACAGCCGUGUCCACAUCACAUAUAGUUCCAAACAGCGACCAGAGGUUUAGAUUUAGUCUCAUGUGCAUAUCUGUCGGUUUAAGAUAUUUGAACACCAUGAGUGUUUAAAGCAUGACCAAAUAGAAAACUUUGGGUGACUCGAGAAGAAAGGUCCUUUCCUUUCUUUGCUUUUUGCCUUAGACAGACAAAUCCUUUGAACCCUUCCCCAACAAUAACAUCUGUCGACUGUCUUUUUGGUACUCUGACCCAGGCACAGAAAGCCAUUGCAGAAAAUGACAAAUCUUGCAUUAGUACAAUGCAUGUCCACUUGUUUCUUUGAUCCAUUUGGGUCUGUUAGUUACAUGUAAAAUUUGUCAUUUGCUAUCUUACUGUUUUAGGUUUUUUUUGUUUUGUUUUGUUGUUGUUAUCAUCAUGUUUUAACAUUUUAAUCAUUUUGUCCCUAGAUUUCAGGUCCGCUUUGGAACCUUUGUUAGAAGUCUGUGGAACAAUGUGACUUAAGUAAAAUUGAAAAGAGUGAGUUGAAAUUUUCAGAUUUUUUUUAUAGCGUGUUUUGUAAAAUUGAAAAAGGUCAGUGUGAAGAGUGUUUAACAUUAAACCUUAAAAGGAAUCAGAAUUUAUCAUGUAUUAAAUGAAAGAUGUUUUAAAAUCUUAAAGAGAUGGGACAGCAAAACAACUUAUCUAACACAUUCUUUUUGUUAUCAUCCCCUGACAAUUUUUUUUUUUUUGUUUCAUUCUUGUCAAAGAAUGUAGAUUUGCGACUUCUAGGUAUGCAUAUUUGAAAGCUUGAUUUCAAAGUACAUUUUUCCUCACAAUACACUGGCUAAACUAAAGACUGCUCCUUUGUAUCACAUGUAAUCCUGUUAUUGUUAAGCUCAUGACAUUAUACGUAUAUGCAUUGUUUCAUAUAUGUUUUUAUUUAUACACAUUAGAGAUGCUAAUAAAUUUUAUUUUUAAAAGUGUGCAAGUUUGA